AUGGCGUACAGCACGCGCGUCGUGCGCACCAAGUACGGGCCGGUGCGCGGCCUGGUGCUGCAGCAGACGGUGGAGGCCUUCCUGGGCGUGCCGUACGCGUCGCCGCCCGUGGGCGCGCUGCGCUACAUGCCGCCGCUGACGCCGUCGCCGUGGAGACACACGCGCCUCGCCGACGCGCUGUCGCCCGUCUGCCCGCAGCGCACGCCCGACAUCUCCAACCGCAGCGACGCGCUGCUGCGCUUCCCGCGCGGCCGCCUGCGCCAGCUCGAGCUGCUGCUGCCGCUGCUCGCCAACCAGAGCGAGGACUGCCUCUACCUCAACCUCUACGUGCCGCGAGCCGAUUUUGGUUGGACCUUAACAUCUCCGCCAACACCCGGUAUCGCUAGUGGCACCGAGGUGCUGCACAUAGCAGUUGACAAUUGCCACCUGAUGAGUACGUGGCGUAUCACGUGGUCCGAGCCGCUCACAGCGACAGGGCCACACAACCAGCCGUGA